AUGGACGGGAGUUGCUGUUAUACUAGUUGCUGUUAUACUUGUUGCUAUACUAGUUGCUGUUAUACUAGUUGUUAUACUAGUUGCUUAUUUCACUAUUGUUGUUAUACUAGUUGCUGUUAUACUAGUUGUUAUACUAGUUGUUAUACUAGUUGCUGUUAUACUAGUUGUUAUACUAGUAGCUGUUAA